CUGUCUCCGAUGCUGUGUACUGGCCAGGAAAAGUUUGGUCUCGAACUGCUCUAAAAGGAGUUCUCUUUCUACCAACGAUUCCUGUGAGUUGCCUCCUCCACACUCAGCUUCUCGAAAUGAGAACGGCGGAUCAACGUACAGACUUAUUUGGGUGAGGAGGAUACGAACGGUGACUGAUAGUGGGCAAGUGAACAGCUGCGUUAUCUGUGCUUGGGGAUACCUGCGUGCGUGUGCAUCUCGCUGUACUCCGAAACCGCAACAACUCUAGAGGCACGGUGUCACUCCUCAGAGCAGCCCUGCUUCUUCUCAUUCGGUUCGCUACGAUGUGGGUACCGGCCAUGGUACCGGCGGUGCUACGCCUCCCGAUCGUUCUCCUGAUCGCUGCGGCUAUUCCGGUAUCUACAGAACAGGAUCAAAGCAAUUAUCCAAAAUAUCUGUGCGACACCCAGAAUGUCUCGGGGCUUAUCGAAGACGAACGGAUUGCCGCCGCCUAUGUCAACGAGCUGAAGACCCCGCUUGACAUAUUGCACAAAGCCAGCGCUAAUUCGCAAUGGGAUUUCAAUACCAAUAUCACGGACUACAACCAGAAUAUGUCGGAAACCGUGGAGAAUGAACAAACAAAAAAGAGGAGAGAGAUUGGCUUAACUGCGAAACGCUUCGCAUUUAAAACAUUCCAAAAUGUGACCCUCGUUCGAAUGUUUCGAAGAUUGAACGACAUAGGACUCGGCAUACUGAAGGAUGAAGAAGCCGCUGAGGCAAAUAAAUUAAAUGUAGAAAUGGAGAAGUUGUACAGCUCGACCGAAGUCGUCAUCGGAGGGAAAAACAUGUCACUCGAACCAGACUUAACGCAAACAAUGGCGAAAGUCGGAGACUACGAUGCUCUCCUCGAGGCCUGGAAGAAAUGGCACGAAGGUGCGGGCCGGCCCAUAAGACCGCUGUACCAGAGGUUUAUCACAAUCGUCAACAAGUCGGCUGUAAUGAACGGAUACGAAAACUUGAAGGACAGCUGGCUCGAAAAUUACGAGACAGAGAACAUCACUGACAUGGUGGAUGCCCUGUGGGAGGAAGUGUCGCCGCUUUACAAGAAGCUGCACGCUUUCGUUCGCAAGAAGCUUAAGGAGAUUUACCCCAAUAGGAUUCCAAAAGAUGGUACCAUUCCAGCGCACUUGCUCGGAAAUAUGUGGGCACAGUCCUGGGGUAACCUCUACAAUAAUAUUAGUCAAGGGUCAAUUCUGGACGUCACUCCUGAAAUGAAAAAGCAGCAGUGGAAUGCAACAAAAAUGUUCCAAACGUCCGAGAAGUUUUUCACAAGUUUACGAAUGGAACCGAUGACCGAUAUAUUCUGGGCCAAAAGUAUGCUUACCAAGCCUCCGGAUAGGAAUGUUGUGUGUCACGCGUCUGCUUGGGAUUUUGCAACGCCACAGGAUUUCAGGAUCAAAAUGUGCACGGACAUCACAAUGGAUGAGCUAUUUACGGUGCACCAUGAGAUGGGUCACAUUGCCUACUUUAUGCAGUACUUCAAUCAGCAUCCAUUAUUCAGAGAUGGCGCCAACGAAGGUUUUCACGAGGCUAUAGGAGAUCUUAUGGCUCUAUCGGUAUCUACACCGAGUCACCUGAAAAUGCUAGGCCUUCUACAGGACGACAACAAUAACACUGUUGAUUUCCAGCUGCUUACCGCCCUGGAUAAGGUAGCUUUCCUACCUUUUGGAUACCUGUUAGACAAGUGGCGAUGGACCCUGUUCACAGGAGAGACGCCACUAGAACAAAUGAACAGAAAAUUCUGGGAAUACAGGAUCAAGUAUCAAGGAGUCUCACCUCCCGUGAACAGGAGCGAAAAGGAUUUUGACCCAGGAGCAAAAUUCCACGUUCCCGCAAACGUUCCAUAUUUAAGAUAUUUUGUGAGCUUCAUAAUCCAGUUUCAAUUCCACGAGCACUUGUGUAACGAAUCGAAACAACUUGAUAGCAAAAAACUUCACGAAUGUGACAUCUACGGAAAGGAGGAGGCUGGACAAAUACUCAGGAAUGGCCUGUCCUUAGGGUCCAGCAAGGUUUGGCAAGAUGUCUUUCAAAUCAUGGCAGGCACAAGGGAAAUGUCAGCGUCGUCCAUCAAGAAAUAUUUUGCACCUUUGGAAACUUGGCUGGAUACUCAACUCGAGAACGAGACAGUUGGAUGGGAUGAUGCAAAAGUGGAAGACUACAUGGAAUCUGGACAGGAGGUAGUAGAGACAUCUUACUCCUAUCACUAGUCAGCACAGUUAUGCUCGCAUGGAGGGCCCUCCAGCCCUGAGCCAGAAAGCACGCAAGCACAAGCAUGUCACUCAUAUAUGUGGAGAUCCCAGCCAAAAGUUACCUCUACAAUUGCACGGGCAUGGAACCUGCAACGCUUGCAUCUGGUGUUUACAACUCUGCACUGCAUGUUGUUGUUCACAAGGAGAUCACAUUGAAAGGUGAUAGGCAGAGAGAUGGCUGGGACUCGAGCCUGGCUGACAAUCCUAUUUCGGAGUGGCCAAGUUUCCACCUAUACUUCCAAGGAACAGCACAUCGGAUUGCGAUUUGCGGAUGACCUCUUGGCAGCUCGUCCGGACUUGCCACCAC